CUGAAUUAGCUAACCUGUCUAUCUUCUUCUUACGCCUAUACAUUCCUAGUUAGCGCUUUUUGUUAAGACAGGCAUUAAUAUACCUUCAGUUAAUCGUUUGAUGCAGUUCACUUUUCGGGAUCAGACAAACUUUAUCCUGAUAAUUUCCGAGGAACUCUUCAGUUUAAUCUUCGAUGUGACGCAUCACAAUGUUUAAGGGCAAUUACCAGGGGGGAGCUGUGUUUGAUCUCUUCAGUGGACAAGGAAAUGACCCUGUAGCCAAAUGGAAGCUUUGUGGGGGACCUUCGGCUAUACAUAAAGAGUAUAAUAAAGAAGUUAAAGGAUUUGUUUACUGUCUGAAAGGAAGCAGCCACACUGUCAAAAUGCAAAUGCCAGAGAAUGCUAAAAUGUCCCUUGGGCUUAUUCAACCAUUUUUGGUCCUUCAAGUAAAUGUUCCAGAGCGCUGUGAUUUUUCUAUUGAGCUUGUGAUAACAGAUUUAGAGCAUCUAAAAAGAAGAAUUUACUUUUCAACAGUGCAUAAAGAGAUAUCUGCCACACUUUUGCACGCAAAGAUACCUUUCACAGAGCUGAAGCGCAAUACUUGGUCCACGGUGUGCAUCGACCUUGUAUCAAUCGCCGGUGAACUUUUCAAGGGAUUUUUGACUCUGGAUGGCAUCACGUUGUUUGCUACCUGCAAAGUUAGGAGGAUCUUCACCAUGAAAACGGACCCCAAAGUCAUGUCAGACGCAUUUCUUAGUGGGGCUUGUCUCAUGGAGAUGAUCCCGCGCAGUUUCUGCUACCCUUCAGAUGUGAACCAAAUUACUAAUGUGCUGAACUAUGAAAAUUUACAAAGGGCUGAAAAAGGGUGUGAUCCUCUUACAUCUGCCUCUGUACCUGAUCAGUCUCCCACUGCCACAUCAAGCAGUUAUCGGAGAACCAAGCCCCAGGGUGUUUUACCGACAGCCUCAGGCUCUCAUUCAGCGUCACCCAGUGCUGGAAGAACAAGCAGUACAAACUUGGACAGAAUGGAGAGAAGUGGUUCUUCAUCAUGUAGACUGAAUCAAAAGAAAACCACUGAGACUCAGAAAAUCAAAAUGCGAGGUGAAGAUUUCUCUCAUGGUCACCAGUCCAAUGGUAUUGCUGAAGGAGCAUCUUGCAAAUUACAACCGCGCCCACCUAAACAAAGGCUGUUUGGUAAGCAGGGAUCUAAGAAGCUACGAGUCCUGACUGCCAGAAGAGAGACGGUACCAUCAUCAGUUGUGCAGAGCUGCAGCCCUGCAAAGGUAACCAAGGAAGCCGCCUCCACACCAGAAGUGUCUCAACUUCGAUCAGGAUUGUCUCCUGACCCAGAGGUCUGGAAUUGCUGGGAGAGUAAUGAGGGGUCCGAGCCCCAGCUCACUUUGCAGGGGGAGGUGUUCACUUUCUCAUCCCUGCCGCACUCACCCAGACGAGGGCAGAAUCAGGGUGAUCAGGAAAAGAUGGAGCUUGGAGACAGUCAGGUCCAAAGGACUGGUGGAGGGCGGCAGCAUGCAACGCUUGAAGAUGACUUUAUCGGCAGUGAAAGUGAUGAGGAUACAAGUCACAUCAUGUUCCACCAUCAACAAACUAGCAUGCCUUAUCCUGCUACCAGCAGAUCUGCUGAUAGAAGUCAGCAGGUGCUGACCAUGAAUCCAUCUGAAUCUCUACAUACAAACCAAGUUUCACAGAACCAAGGUGUAACUAACACCUGCAUAGAGUCGCCCUGCAACCGAAGAGCUGAACCAGCAAGCAUGGUCCCCAAGCGCUGCCUCUCACCUAACAGACGACGCCACAAGUCUGAAAAAUCAGAUGAGGGUUUCGGUGAAGACAUCAGCAUUUCACUUUGUAGGAGACUUCUGCAUGAAGUUCACUUCAGCAACUCCAAACAGCCUAAGGAAGAAGACGGUGAGAUCCAAAGGACUGUUGAGUCGAGUAAUUAUAUCUCACAACUGCACGGCAGUAUGAGGAUGUAUGAAGAUGACGAGGAGGAGCUCCGAAUGUUGGCAAGCUUAAAAAGACAGGAGGAGGAAGAUGAGUGUAGAGUUCCUGCCCUCAGAGCGUCUCAGAUCCACCAGUGUGAUGUCAGCAUCAGCCUGAGCAAUGAUGACCCUUCAACCUGGACCCACAUCCAGCAAGCAGUGAAUCAGGGACAUCAUUAUCAGACGGAAAUGAAUCCUUUGCUUCAAUCAAAUCCAAGAGAGUGGAUGGACGUGCUCAGCCCUCCUAUUAUGCCUCCCAGCCAGCAGAGAAGGUCAGGCAACACAGAGAACAAUUUGGAAAGUCUACUCAGAGGGGGGAAUGACUUGGUGCAUGGAGAGGAGAAUGGAGAUGAAUAUCUCAAACUGCUCUAUGAUCCGUGCCUCAACUGCUAUUUUGAUCCAGUGUCAGGGAAGUACUAUGAACUAGCAUAACUCAAAUCCGUUUCCCAUCAGAAUUGAUAAUUCAUAUUUAAAGCAGAUAAAUUAUUCCGAGAUUUUAUUUUACAGUUUUUUUGAGGCCAAGCUUUAUUGAUUGGAAGUGAAUUCCCUUUUCACCAAAACCCACCUUUGUUCCAGGGAACCAACGACAGCUUUGCUUUGCCAUGUGUGGUUAGUCAAACUCAACUGUAAGGCAUUGGGAAAGUCACUAAAUUAAACACAUGCCCUUUUGCAAGUAUGGGCUCAUUCAUAGUGACUUUUAAUGACAAAAGAGAAGCUUUUCAUAAGACUUGCUUUGGAAAUGAAUAUGGAAACCUUCUGAAAGAACUUGCUUGAGCUUCCUUUUAAUAUAACACUGUCUAACAUUUCAAUACUAAAAGGACAGAUGCUUCCUAUUUAGUCAAAUUUAUGCAAAAAAAGCUAUCAAAAUAUGUUGAUGUGGUUUUAUAGUAUUUAAAAUAAAAUUGAUGUGAAA